AAAGAAACAUUGGGAGAUUCGGUAAAAGGUCACGCGCGUCGGCCUCCGUCUCCUCCGACUUUACGCUCGACUUGGCAGAGGUGGCUCGCGCACCUGCCGCAACGCGUUUUGUCAGGUGGCCUGGCGAGGGGCGACGUCACGGGCGGGCUUGUUAUUUGUGUAAUGCGGUGAUAAUUGAAAUACGGCCUGAAGCCCGCGCUCCUGCCGUAAUUAUGAAGAUGAUCAGGUGGCUUUUGUUGACCCGUUUAAUCCCAAAUGAGACUCGCGCUAAUUGAUUGCGCAAUACAUGGCAUUCCCCGCACGCGCGCUCUGCCAGCGCGCUCAUGGAAUCAGUUGUUCUUAUUUGUCUGCUCCUGGCGCGUAAUUAAAAUAGGCGAUCUUUCAAUCAGCAGCCGGAGACGGGCCCACGCUCCACAGUAAGCUCCCGGGAGAGCGCGCUAAUUGCAGGCGGGAUUCGGUGCCCGGGAUUCAUUUAGCGCAAAGACACAUCCCAAGUACUUUCAAUCGAAUUGGCAAAACACACACACACACACACACACACACACACACAUCAUCAUCCCGUCAGUCAUUUGGUUCAGUCUGACUCAGAGGUCGCGGGUUUCGGAGAGACGUUCUGUUUUACGCAGCUUCCCCCGUCCCAACGGGGAGGAUGCAUUAUAUAUACUGAGGCGGGGCUCGUGCUACGAGCGGUCAGACGAAGCUUCGGUAGAAAGCGCGAGGGUGUUUCACCUCCAACAUCACGCCAGCAGACUGUCAGAGAGCGGCGCGCGCACACUUCUCGGCGUAGCGGACAGACUUUGCGUGCGGAGAUGAGGCUGAACCUGCUGGUCUCCGCGGUAGCCGUGCUCGUGGCCGUUCUGCCCCGGUGCAGCUGUCGCUCAGCAGACACGCAGGGCGAGAAAACGCGCGCACUGCCGCCGCCACUGCCACUGCUGAUGCGUCUCGGGGAGGAAUACUUCAUCCGGCUGGACAACGCUGCCGCCGCGCGCGGACCCCCGCGUACUCACAUCAGAGCUGGCGGAUCCGCGCCAGACGAGAGAGAGACGACCGUUAACCGCGCGCUCCAGCUGCAGCUCACGCAGAGGCUGGAGCGCGCGGGCUUGGACCCGGUGGAGAGAGCUCGCCGCGCGGAGGAACCGCCCAUCUCCCUGGACCUCACGUUCCACCUGCUGCGCGAGGUUCUCGAGAUGGCGCGCGCGGAACAGAUCGCACAGCAGGCCGAUAACAACCGGAAAAUGAUGGACAUUUAUGGGAAAUAAGUCACGCGCACACACACACACACACACACACACACACGCACACUCAAAGGUUAUCUGUAAAGAAAAUUAAAUCUUCUUAAUAAAUAACUACUGAUUAAGAAAGGCAUCUGUCUUUGUAAUUCACCAAGUGUGCGCGCACACACACACGUACAAUGAAACAGACAUGUGGACUGUAAUAAAACACUGCACGAUGCGUUUGCAGAAGAAUGUGAAAUGUUUAUAUUUGUAAUAAAAGUUACAACUGCGUCCAAAUGCUUGAAGAUCUGUGCAGUAUUCCUCCUGUCUGUUCUACAUAGCAGCACAGCAGAGAGUAACACACACACACACACACAC